UGUCAGAUUGUGACGUUUGUUCCAGAACAGACUGGGUUUAGGCUCUGUGAGAUGUCCAGAUACGGUCGGCACGGAGGAGAGACUAAAGUUUACGUGGGGAACCUGGGCACUGGUGCAGGGAAAGGAGAACUCGAGCGGGCUUUCGGCUAUUACGGGCCUUUGAGAACCGUUUGGAUCGCCAGGAACCCUCCAGGAUUCGCCUUUGUGGAGUUUGAGGAUCCUAGAGACGCCGAGGACGCCGUCCGUGGCCUUGAUGGGAAAGUGAUCUGUGGAACUCGCGUCCGUGUAGAGUUAUCAACCGGUAUGCCACGCCGCUCCCGUUACGACCGCCCGCCUACUCGGCGCCCUUUCGACCCUAACGACCGUUGCUAUGAGUGCGGCGAAAAGGGGCAUUACGCGUACGACUGUCAUCGCUACAGCCGCCGCAGACGGAGCAGAUCGGGCAGGUCUCGUUCUCGCUCCCACUCACGUUCCCGUGGAAGGAGGUACUCUCGUUCCCACUCUCGCAGCCGGAGCCGAGGCAGGAGGUCGAGGUCCUUCUCCCCUCGCCGCUCUCGCUCCGGCUCUCCGCGGAGGUCCAGGUCUGGCACACCCAAAAGGUCCAGGUCUCGAUCACGAUCCAGAUCUCGUUCUGCCUCUCGUCCGAGGAGCAGAUCAGGCUCUGUUGGGAGAUCCAGGUCUGGUUCUGCAGCUAGGAGUCUGUGCAAAUCCAAAGCGUCACCUCAUAAACAGAGCCGCUCUCCUUCACGAAGCCGCAGCAGAAGCAAGAGCCCAGACCGAGACGACUGAGGAUACCUCGGCUAUCUUAUUUUUUCUUUUUUUCCCCUUUCUUUCUAAUCUUUUUUUUCCCCCCUUUAUCUUUGGUGGCAUCUCAUAUUGGAAUUGAAGAUUUCUCUUUUUUCUGUUGUUUUUUUGCUCCUUCCCUUGAUUACGUGACCAAGAUGGGUCACUGUUUACUGCAAUACAGGUAAAUCACAGGAUGAAGAUUUAAAAAAAAAAAAAAAUGUGUGUUUUGCUUCGUAGAUGAGAGAUCUGGAAUGAAUUUGUGUGGUGUGUUUGUAGAAUAAGAAUUUUAUCAUUGUGUAUUUCUCAUCUAUUACAGUAGAUCCUGUUUACAAUACUGAUAGAUUUUGAUUGUUCUGAGCCUUUUUUGUUGUUUUUUGGAGAAUAAAAAAAAAAUCACUUAUUAAAUUAAGUUUGCAUUUCACAAAA